AUGCAACUCGUUGAUCUUGUCAGAGAGAGCGUCAUCGGGGAUAACGAGGAGGUGGAGGGCCCGUACGGCAAGAAGCUCAUAACUUAUGCAGACUAUACCGCCUCAGGGAAAGCUCUAGGAUUCAUUGAGGAGUACAUCAGUCAACAGGUAUUGCCGCUUUACGGGAACAGCCACACGCAGACCAGCAAAACAGGGAGGCAGACCACUCUGUUCAUGGAAGAGGCUCGUACAAUGAUCAAGGACUACACGGGGUGCACCAAGAAAGAUGCCCUCGUGUUUGUUGGGAGCGGGUGCACCGCGGCUGCAAACCGUUUAGUCCAGAUGUUGGGCUUGAGCGCAAGCUCGGAGGUCAAGGACGUACUUCAACGAGACCACCCAGACAUGUGUAGAACCGUUGUGUUCGUCAGCUCGCACGAGCACCAUUCGAAUCUUCUGCCGUGGCGGGAGUCUCUCGCCGAAGUGGUUUGCAUUCCAGACGACCCGUGCACGGGCAAUCUGAGCCUCGUUGCUUUAGAAGCGUGUCUGGUAAAGUACGCGGACCGCCCGCUGAAGAUCGGUGCCUUCAGUGCAGCGUCCAACGUGACUGGCAUAGUCGAAGACGUAGACGCCGUAUCCAUCUUGCUGCACAGGCAUGGGGCCUUGGCCGUAUGGGACUACGCGUGCAGCGGCCCCUACGUGGAGAUUGACAUGAACGCGCGCGUGGAGGGUGCCCACACGGGCGCGCACAAGGACGCCGUCUUCAUCUCGCCCCACAAGUUUGUCGGCGGGCCGCAGACCCCUGGCGUCCUGAUCUUCAAGAAGGAGCUGAGCGGGAGGCGCGACAGGUGCUCGCUUCCGGGCGGCGGCUCCGUCUUCUACGUCUCCUCCGAGGAGCACGUGUACCUCAGGCACUGCGAGGAGAGGGAGGAGGCAGGGACUCCCGCGCUCGUGGGCGCCAUCCGAUGCGGGCUUGCGUUCCAGCUGAAGCACCGCAUCGGCUGCUACCGCAUCGCGGAGCUCGACGACGGGAUCUGCCAGCGCGUGCUGAGCUGCAUGGCGCGGCAUCCGAGCAUACACGUCCUCGGGAGCACGAGCUCCCGCCGCCUGCCCAUCGUGUCGUUCAUGGUGCACUGCCAGGGGAUGUACCUCCACUACAACUACGUCUGCGCGCUCCUGAACGACCUGUUUGGGAUCCAGGUCAGGGGUGGCUGCAUGUGCGCGGGGCCGUACUCGCAGGAGCUGCUCGGGAUAGCCCCGGAGCUGUCGGGCAGGUUCCUGCGGGAGCUCCGGAAGAAGGAGGAUAACGAGGUGAUCCGGCCCGGGUACGUGCGGCUGAGCCUGCACUAUUCCAUGUCCGAGAUCGAGGAACAAACAAUCGCGUAA